GUCUCUCCCGGAACCUUUAAAUGGUGUCUGGACCCCCGGGGAAACAUUUGCCCAAACACCCUGAAGAGGACACAGGCAAGAAAGCAGGGCGGAACUGGCCCUUGAUUCCCCGCCUCUAAACCCGCCCUGAUCACACUCCUGUGGCUCAUUCACACUGAUCCUGGCAGACUACUUAAGAUGGCAAGAGAGGCUCCUUCCUCGCUGGAUCGUCACACUACCUAGCGCCUUCUAGAUUCCCUGCCCGUCUUCCCUACUGUCUGGAUUUCUGUGGAUGUGUGUGAGUGAGCGUGAGCAUUUUGGAGUGGACAUUCAGAAAAGCCCUUCUUCUCACUAUCUCCAGCAAACUAUCCUGCUCUUGCUCAGCUCUGAUCAUUACAGUUACUGGGGUAACAACAGAAUGACUGACGCCAUGACCUGUGAUGGUGCUUUUGGAGUGGCCCCCCGUCAGAGGGAGGAGUAAUGCCAGCAAAUAUAAGCAGCAAAAGACAGAGACCAGUGCAGAUUAAAGACAGACUCUCUCAGCUAAAAGGAACAUGGGGUCUGGUAACAUCAGUUCGGCUGCAAAUCCAUCAUCUGGACUGGAAGCAGCUUCCAGACACAUAGAAACAGCCUCCAUUGUCAUCUACUGUGUGAUUUUUAUAGUUGGAACUCUGGGCAAUGCUCUGGUCAUCUACGUGACGGGCUUCAAAAUGAAGAAAACAGUGGAAACAGUUUGGUUUCUCAACCUGGCCAUAGCUGACUUCCUCUUCACGGCCUUCCUGAUUUUCUCAGUCAUUUCUCUCUCUCAGGGUCACCGAUGGCCUUUUGGACAAUUCAUGUGCAAGUUCAACACCUUUGUGAGUGUAGUCAACAUGUUUGCCAGUGUCUUCAUUUUAACAGCCAUGAGUCUGGAUCGUUGUUUGUCCAUCUGUGUGGUGGUGUGGGCACACAACAAACGCACAGUCUGCAAAGCUCGGCUCAUAUGUGUUGGUAUCUGGGUGAUUGCUGCGGUCUGCAGCACUCCUUAUGCCACUUUUCGCACUUUGUUGGAACAUAAUGGGGCACAUUACUGUGGUUAUUCUGUGACACAUGAACAGAAAUGGAGUCUCCACAUUUUUCGCUUUCUUAUGGGCUUUGUGAUCCCAUUCUUGGUAAUAGUUGUGUCUUAUGUGGCCAUAGGCAUACGUGCAAUGCGCAUGUCAAGGACAAGGAGAAGCAGAUCUCGCCGAAUCAUUUUCUCCAUCAUUUUUGCAUUCUUCAUCUGUUGGUUGCCCUUCCAUGUUUUUAAUUUUAUUGAAGUAAAGCAUAUGACUAACCCUAAAACCUUGGCCAUUGUUAGAAUCGUGGGUCCUCUGACUGUGAGUCUGGCUUUUCUGAACAGCUGCUUGAACCCCAUCCUCUAUGUCUUCAUGUGUGAAGAAUUCAUAAAAAAGCUUCGACAGUCCAUAUGUUUUGUACUCGAGAGUGCUCUGGCAGAGGACCAUUUAUCGUUUAUGUCCACUCGCUCUGUGUCAUCAACCUUUUCAAGGAUUUCCCGGAAGUCAGAUGCUGCUGCAACUUUGGAGAAGAUCGACCCAGCUGCUUUUGAACCCUGCACAGAAAACAAAGUAGUCAUCACUGAGGAGACACCAAACCCUGAAUAAAGACUUACCGUUGGCAAUAUAAAUUUGAAUUAAUUUUCUAAUGUAAAAUUUAAUCUCAGGAUGAUUCAGAUUGUAAAUUUGUGCAAAAAAAUCUAAAAUGUCCACGUUUUCUUGUUUUGUUUUGUGACCCCUACUGUUUUCUUUAGAUUUUUCUAACUAUUCCAGGGGAAAUCUCACUAUGCUCCAUGCAGUAGUAAGAAAACUAAACUAGCCAUAAUAAUAGAAAACCUAUGUGGUUGUGCUGAAGCUUUGAAUUGUGGUAUUUAAUUUGUUAAAAUUAAUUAUGUAAUCCAUACAGUCAUAUUAAAAUUUUUCAUUUAAGAACAGCUUUAUAUUUGUGUAUUUGAGUAGAUUAUUUCAUGUUUAUUAAUAUCAGCAUCCACUGAACUGUAACCAGAGACUAAACUUUGAGCUUUUUGCAUUUUUCAACCUGUGAAUAAAAACGUGCUGAUCAAGUACAUUUGUCUGCCUGCAUGAUAAACCUGACUUACACCUUGUUUUUGUCUUAUCUCACAGGAUCAAUGCUGUAU